AUGGUGGUCCUAGCUGCCGCCGUGGUCACCAAGACCGGCAAGGCGCUGGUCUCCCGCCAGUUCGUGGACAUGAGCCGCAUCCGCAUCGAGGGGCUGCUGGCCGCCUUCCCCAAGCUGGUGGGCACCGGCAAGCAGCACACCUAUGUGGAGACGGAGAACGUGCGCUACCUGUACCAGCCCAUCGAGACCAUGUACCUCGUGCUGGUGACCAACAAGAGCAGCAACAUCCUGGAGGACCUGGAGACGCUGCGGCUGUGCGGCAAGAUCGUGCCAGAGUAUGUGGAGGCGCUGGAGGAGGAGGAUGUGGCAGCCGCCGCCUUUGACCUGCUGUUUGCUUUUGACGAGGUGAUCAGCCUGGGGCACAAGGAGAACGUGACGGUGGCGCAGGUGCGGCAGAACACGGAGAUGGAGAGCCACGAGGAGAAGCUGCACAAGAUGAUCAUCCAGAUCCAGCACGAGGCCGAUGCCUGCCUGCGGGUGCAGCUGGCCAGCGGGGCGACCCAGGGGUACCAGUUCAAGACGCACCCCAACAUCGACAAGGCGGGGUACAGCAACGACAACGUGCUGGGGCUGAAGGAUCCCAGCCGCCCCUUCCCGUCGGGAGCCCCCCUGGGCGUGCUCAAGUGGCGGCUGCAGACGCGGGACGAGUCGGUGGUACCGCUUUCCAUCAACUGCUGGCCAUCCAUCUCCGGGGGCGAGUCGUACGUCAACAUCGAGUACGAGUCGACCGUGCCGUUCGACCUGCAGAACGUGCACAUCUACAUCCCGCUGCCCUCCUCCGCGCAGACCCCGCAGGUCAACCAGAUCGACGGCGACUGGCGGUACGACAUGCGCAAGUCGUGCCUGGUCUGGUCCAUAGAGCUCAUCGACAACACCAACCGCACCGGCAGCGCAGAGUUUGUGGUGCCCGCGGCGCAGGCUGACGCCUUCUUCCCCAUCGAGGUGGAGUUCUCUGCGUCGCGCACCAUCUGCGACGUGAAGGUGGAGAGCGUGGUGGACGCGCGCACGGGGCAGCCCGUCAAGUACGGCAGCAAGACGGCGCUGGUCACAGAGGGCUACCACGUGGAGUGA